CUUUUUACAAACUGAAGCAUGUACAGGAAGUUUAUAACUUCUUUCAAACCAGUUAUUUUGUGAAAACAGUGGAAAUCAUCUACAUUUCUUCAGCAUCAACAGAAAACAUUUAGAUUUGUCAAUAACAGAACGUUGUUGAAGGUCUCAGACCCAACCAACAUGGAUUCUUCUUCAGUACUGCGUCAGCAAAGUUAUAACAAAACCCUGCAGGACAAUUCAAGGUUCAAUAGAAUGACAGCGGACCCGAAGCCAGGCUCCAAAAACCCAUCUGUCCCUUCUAGACACCAGUCUGUACCCUGCGGACAAAAUUCCAGGCAGGGCUCUGAGAACCAGGACCCAACAGCAGGUCCAGACAAUGUGCAGAAACCACUGGGGACUGUCAAACCCAUCAGCAGACUCCCGGUGCUGGCCAAGUCCCUGCAGCUUCAAACCCCAUCUGACUUCACCCAGUCCCACAUGAGAUGGGAGCAGAACUCUUUGGCGGGUAAAGCUAAAAGGAAGAAGCCGUGCACCAAGCCUGUGCCUUUCAACUUCUCUAGUGCCAGAACCAACCGAAUAGGCGCACAGAACCAAAGAAACGGGACAAGUGCACUGGUGGUUAAUAGAAGGGCUGGUGAUCAGCCAACCCGAGCCGAAAGUGCUGGCGGCGCCACUGCGCAUUCAAACGAAAGAAUCGCAGCAAGAACUGCCAAACUGCCCAGUACUCUAAGAGCGACUCAUACCAAGGUCCAGUCAAAGUCAACGGUAGAAUUCGCUGCUCAACUCCCAGCACGACACUCGGAAGCCGAAAAAGCUGGUCUGGGACUGCAAGGCAUCUUGUCACAGCGCAAUGUAGAAGUGGGGAAGACUCCUGCAGGUGUCACCGCCAUGUCUUUGUCCCAGCAUCCAAAACAAAAGGCACAAUCUCCUUCAGACAGUCCAUUGCCCGGAUGUGGAUCGGGAAAGAUCGCACUUCCCAGACCUCCAGGUCAAUGUGGUUCUGAAUCAGGUAUUUCGUUGAGUGCUUUCUCAGUUGACAGUGGCCAGCCCGCCGUCCUCAUCACUGAAGCCUGUAGGGGCCAUUUUGACACGCUCAGCCUCAAAGAGCCCUCCAAGCCAGCAGAGUUACCAAGUGCGAACACUGGUGAUGGGGGGGCUGCCUUCUCCUCUGACCCGGCUGCUCUCUGUAGUAUUCUCCGGAAUGAGGGAAUCAGUGCAGCGAGGGCUUCCACUCGUCCUUCUACGCGAGCCUAUAACAACAUGCCCCAGAGAGUGUCCAUCAUGAAGACUGUCCCGAAGACACUGCUCUCCACGGGUCCUGCACGGAAUGUUCAGUUCACUCCUGACGCUAAAGCCCUGGGCAGCAUCCUGCAGAAUGAGGGGGUUCGCUUUUCUAUGCAGCCCCAAAGAGUGUCUGUUAUGAAGAGUCAGCUGAGUACAGCACCAUCGGCAGGCCCCGCAAGAUCGGUCCAGUUCUCCCCUCAGCCUUCGUCACUGAGCCGGGUUCUGCAGAAUGAAGGCCCCUGCAACCCCCUUCAGCCCCUCAGGGUGUCCGUCAUGAAGAGUCAACUGAAGACAGCGCCUCCUGCAGGUCAACUGUGGGGUGUGGCAUUUUCUCCGGACUCCGGCGCCCUCAGUAGCAUCCUGCGGAAUGAAGGGGUGACGGCGGGCAGCGACCCUGGGGCGAUGACCCAAAACAGCUCUGUCCGUCCCUCCGGCAGGGGCACAUCCAUCUACACUGCUCAGAGAGUACCUGUCACUAAGAACUGCUCUGAAUCUCCCAGAGGACCUACAGGGGUGACGGUCAGCCAGACGCCCUGCACCAAGUGGACACCCCAGCGGGUUCCUAACUCCAGGCCCUUGUCUAUGAGGAAGGUCCUGCCUAGCCACCGGACCCCUUACGAAUACUCUCCCCGACUGAGGGGCCUUCAGAGUCAGGGCCGAGAUCUGGAGACGCACAAGGAGGAAGUUGUCCAGAGGUUGUUUGAGACUGAGGAGGAAAAGCAGCCAGACGAGCAGGCGUUGGAUCAAGACCCGGCUGAGGCGUUGGAUCAAGACCCGGCUGAGGCGUUGGAUCAAGACCCGGCUGAGGCGUUGGAUCAAGACCCGGCUGAGGCGUUGGAUCAAGACCCGGCUGAGGCGCGAGCAAACGAUCACCUGGCACAGGACCCGGGGGUGGAACGUAACACAGCAAGAGUCCCAACUUUCUUCCAAGCUCCGCACAGAGAAUCAGUCAUUAUCUUUUCAACUGGUCGAAAGCUGCUUAGAGCAGCUCCAGCACCAGAACCAGAGAGCCCUGCGGCUGGAUUCCUGGAGUGUGGUGGGCCCCUGGAGCAUGGUGGGCCCCUGGAGAGAGAAGGGUCUGGGGCCAGAGCUACAGGAGAACAGAAAGCAAUGGACCUCCUGCCCAGGCAUCCAGAUUUUCCCAGAACUCCUGCGACAGAGGUUCCUGAAGUCACAGGUGCAGCAAUGUGCCUGCCCAGACUGGCCAAACACUCAGCCUUUCUCCCCCUAAGCCAGCCCAGAGGUAGCAUCAUCAUCCCCAAGAGUGGUGCUCUUUCUUCAGCUGCUGCCCUACUCCGCCUCCGCCUUCCACUGGAGGAGCUCCGUCUGGAGGAGGAGGUGGCCACCUACACCUCCGCCUUACCUGCCCCUCCCUGCCCUUCCUUCGGGCCCCUGCCAGUCCGCUGCGGAAACCCUGUGGCCUCGGCCCUGUGCCUCCAGGACUUCACUAGUUUUCAUCCAAUCAUCCUGGACCCCUCAUCUGCUCCUUCUUCCCCAUGCUCCUCUCUUCUCCAGGAGAGAUGAUGAUAUUUUACUAUUAUGAAAGACCAAUAAUGUAUUGUUAAGCUUAGACUUGAAGGUGUGUGUGUGUGUGUGUGUGUGUGU